AAAUAAUUUUAUUUUGAGUCUGGAGGUUAUUUUAGAAACUCACAGGUUUUUUGUUUCUGUCGGAAUCGGUCCGUAAGCGGUCCUUCUGCUUCCGUGUCUGGGAGGAGAGCAGCGGUGUGAUUUCAGAGUAGGCUUUUUUAUCUGUCAAAAUGCAGGACCCGAAUGAAGACACAGAGUGGAAUGAUAUCCUGAGGAAAAAAGGCAUUCUUCCUCCCAAAGAGGAACCUAAAAAUGAUGAAGAGGAGGAGCUGGCCCUUCAGCAGCAGUCUGUUGUUAAAACGUAUGAGGACAUGACACUGGAAGAACUGGAGGAGAAUGAAGAUGAGUUUGGUGAAGAAGAUGAGGCCGCCAUUGAGAUGUACAGACAGAAGCGUCUCGCGGAGUGGAAGGCAGCUCAGAUGAAGAAUGCGUUUGGGGAGGUGGUCGAAAUCUCAGGGCAGGACUACGUCAAGGAGGUCAACAAGGCCGGAGAUGGCAUCUGGGUGGUGCUGCAUCUCUACAAACAGGGCAUCCCUCUGUGUUCCCUCAUCAACCAGCACCUGAGUAUGCUGGCCAGGAAGUUCCCUCAGACCAAGUUCCUCAAGUCCAUCUCCACCACAUGCAUCCCUAACUACCCUGACCACAAUCUGCCCACCAUCUUCGUCUAUUUUGAGGGAGAGAUGAAGGCCCAGUUCAUUGGUCCAUUGGUGUUUGGGGGCAUGAACCUCAAAGUUGAAGAGCUGGAGUGGAGGUUAUCAGAGAGCGGGGCUGUGAAGACAGACCUGGAGGAAAAUCCCAAGAAGCAAAUCGAAGACAAGCUAAUGUCAUCGAUCAGAUGUUCGCUCCCUACACGAAAGGACAGUGACUCUGAGGAUGAGGACUAUUAGAAAAGGAAAAAAAAACAAAAAACAACAGCUCUCUCCAAACCAGAACGGGCGUGUGGUUGC